ACAAACUGCAUCAGUUGUGGUCAGCAGCAAAAACAAGUGAAUCAUCUAAGUGCAGUGAAAGGCCUAAAUAGCCCAUCUUAAUCUUUUGUGAAGUGAAAAAGUCCAAAAAAAAUCAAAAAAUCAAGAUGCCUUGCCCAUGCGGAAGCGGAUGCAAAUGCUCCUCCCAGGCCGGAUCUAAGGGAUCCUGCAACUGCGGAUCUGACUGCAAGUGCGGCGGAGACAAGAAGUCCGCCUGCGGCUGCUCCAAGUGAGCUUCCCCAAGAAGAUAUGGAGACCCCCUAAUCUCUGAACUGAUUUCUGUGUAUUUUCGCAUUAAAAAACAAACAAUGUUUUCUCAUUUUCCCUCCACAACAAUGUCCAAUUAAAGUAAUUGAAACCUAA